GGGGGCAGUUAGAGGUGCUGGGGGCAAAGGCCAAAGGGCAGAGAUUUCCUUAUCACGGGAGAGCCUCGGAGUAUGAGUUAGUUUAAGCGACCGAGUGGAUUCUUUUUCUCUGAGGCCGCAGCUGAUUGUCAAACUUGAGCUGCAGUCGCCGGCUCCUCCCCGAACUCUUAAGAUCCGCCCUCUCUCGUGUGCCCUCUUGCGCCCUAAGAGAAACCACCUGACAAGCUGUAAGCUUCAGGUGAUAGGGCCGAUGAGAGCAAUUUCAGACCUGGAUGAAGAAUUUAUACACACCCUUUGAGUCUCCCGCCACUGAGCUGAGAGAACCCACACUCAAACAACAAAACAUCUAAGAGAAAACACCACGAUCUUUGCCAACUAUUCUUAUGUUUUAAAAUAGCUUUGUCAAGAAACAGUUUCCGUUAUAUUUUUGUCCGUUCUCUGUUUUAGGCUUUAUCUUGAGUCAUACAAUAGAACAGUACAGGAAGUAAAGAGAAAGAGAGCCACAAACGGUAGUGGGUACUUUCCUUAGUUCGUUCUUUCAACAUUCGUAGAGAGCUUGCUGUGUAGUGUGGGCUGAAGACCCAAAGACAUCUACGAGUGACAGUAUUUUUAAAUUCAUUGACACCCAAAUUCUAUGUGGCACUUACAGGGACAUCUUCUUUGAUAUCAGGACUAAUAUUUAUAUUUGAAUGGUGGUACUUUCAUAAGCAUGGCACAUCUUUUAUUGAGCAAGUUUCUGUAAGCCAUUUGCGACCAUUGAUGGGAGGAACAGAAAGCAGCAUUUCAGAGCCAGGUUCUCCUUCCAACAACAGAGAAAGCGAAACCAGCAGGCAGAAUUUGUCAGAAUGUAAAGUGUGGAGAAAUCCUCUAAAUCUUUUCAGAGGAGCAGAAUAUAGGAGAUACACUUGGGUGACUGGUAAAGAGCCACUUACAUACUAUGAUAUGAAUUUGUCAGCUCAGGACCAUCAGACCUUUUUCACCUGUGACACAGACUUUUUACGUCCUUCAGACACAGUUAUGCAGAAGGCAUGGAGAGAAAGGAAUCCUCCAGCUCGAAUCAAAGCAGCCUAUCAAGCUUUAGAAUUAAACAACGACUGUGCCACUGCAUAUGUUCUACUGGCUGAGGAAGAAGCAACAACUAUUGUCGAUGCCGAAAGGUUAUUUAAGCAGGCACUCAAGGCAGGAGAAACAAUUUAUAGGCGGUCACAACAGUGCCAGCACCAAAGUCCUCAGCAUGAAGCUCAACUGAGGAGAGAUACCAAUGUACUGGUGUAUAUUAAAAGAAGACUGGCAAUGUGUGCAAGAAAAUUGGGAAGAAUAAGAGAGGCAGUAAAAAUAAUGAGAGAUUUAAUGAAAGAAUUUCCUCCUCUUACUAUGUUGAACAUCCAUGAAAAUCUCCUAGAAUCACUUUUAGAAUUACAAGCCUAUGCAGAUGUCCAAGCAGUUCUAGCAAAAUAUGAUGAUAUAAGCCUUCCAAAGUCAGCAGCCAUCUGUUACACAGCAGCACUAUUGAAGACGAGGACUGUUUCAGAUAAAUUCUCUCCAGAAACAGCCUCCAGAAGAGGGUUAAGCACAGCAGAAAUUAAUGCUGUGGAAGCAAUUCAUAGAGCUGUGGAAUUUAAUCCUCAUGUUCCAAAAUAUUUACUAGAGAUGAAAAGCCUCAUUUUACCUCCAGAACACAUUCUGAAGCGGGGUGACAGUGAAGCAGUUGCCUACGCGUUCUUUCACCUUCAGCACUGGAAGAGGAUAGAAGGCGCUCUUAACCUGCUGCAGUGCACGUGGGAAGGCACUUUUCGAAUGAUUCCAUACCCAUUAGAGAAAGGCCAUCUAUUUUAUCCUUAUCCCAGCUGCACAGAGACUGCUGAUAGAGAGCUAUUACCUCCGUUUCAUCAUGUUUCUGUUUACCCAAAGAAGGAGAUUCCUUUUUUCAUCCAUUUCACAGCAGGACUAUGUUCUUCUACAGCAAUGAUAGCUUUUCUUACACACCAGUUUCCUGAGAUCAUGGGUGUUUUUGCUAAAGCUGAUAAUGUCUGUCCUAAAGGUGCUGGGAUUCUCCCGCCUCCAGCCUAGGCACCCUCAGUUUCUGAGCAGAACACACAAGAUUUGAAGUCAGAAGCCCUCAGUGUGAGUUCCUGCUGAGCCACUCAGUAUCCACAGGACUUCGGACAAAUCACAGAGCCUCUCUGAACAGCACCUGCACAGUGAGCAUAACUCCUAUCACAGGGCUGGUGAGACAAUUACAUAUAAGCAAAAGCGUUUAUACAUUAAGAAACCUUUUUAUAAACAUCACAGUUAUUCUUGGGGAAGCCCCACCUUGAAAGUUGUCAAAAAAGAACAGCUGUGGAUUAAACUCUUUCUUUUUAUUCACUCAGUUGAGCUUUUCUGUUUGGUCAAGUCUGCUUACUGGGUUGAUGGGGUUGAAGUAAAGUCAUCCUAUUUCUGCUUGUUCUGGCCAAAGAAAGAGAACUCCAAUGCCGAGCUGAUCCAUCUGUAGACUGGUA